AUGAUGAUGAUGUUUGCCCACUCGGGCCCCGGGCGACGAAGAGCAUCUGCGUUCCGAGGAGCCGUCGCUCGACACAGAAGUGCAUUUCUUCAUUCCGCUCACAGCUGUCAUCGGCGGGCGCCAUCGCGCGAGCGUUGCAGCGGCAGCGAGAUCGUUCACGAUGACGACGGCGAGAUCGUUCACGAUGACGACGGCGAGAUCGUUCACGUUGACGACGGGGAGAUCGUUCACGAUGACGACGGCGAGAUCGUUCACGUUGACGACGGGGAGAUCGUUCACGAUGACGACGGGGAGAUCGUUCGCGUUGACGGCGGCGAGAUCGUUCGCGUUGACGGCGGCGAGAUCGUUCACGAUGACGAUGGCGAGAUCGUUCACGAUGACGACGGCGAGAUCGUUCACGUUGACGAUGGGGAGAUCGUUCACGAUGACGACGGGGAGAUCAUUCACGAUGACGGCGGCGAGAUCGUUCACGAUGACGACGGCGAGAUCGUUCACGAUGACGACGGCGAGAUCGUUCACAUUGACGAUGGCGAGAUCGUUCACGAUGACGACGGCGAGAUCGUUCACGAUGACGACGGCGAGGUCGUUCACGUUGACGACGGCGAGAUCGUUCACGUUGACGACGGGGAGAUCGUUCACGAUGACGACGGCGAGAUCGUUCACGUUGACGGCGGCGAGAUUGUUCACGAUGACGACGGCGAGAUCGUUCACGAUGACGACGGCGAGAUCGUUCACAUUGACGAUGGCGAAAUCGUUCACGAUGACGACGGCGAGAUCGUUCACGAUGACGACGGCGAGAUCGUUCACGUUGACGACGGCGAGAUCGUUCACGAUGACGACGGCGAGAUCGUUCACGAUGACGACGGCGAGAUCGUUCACGUUGACGAUGGCGAGAUCGUUCACGAUGACGACGGCGAGAUCGUUCACGUUGACGACGGGGAGAUCGUUCACGAUGACGACGGGGAGAUCGUUCGCGUUGACGGCGGCGAGAUCAUUCGCGUUGACGGCGGCGAGAUCGUUCACGAUGACGACGGCGAGAUCGUUCACGACGACGGCGAGAUUGUUCACGUUGACGACGGCGAGAUCGUUCACGUUGACGACGGCGAGAUCGUUCGCGUUGACAGCGGCGAGAUCGUUCAUGAUGACGACGGCGAGAUCGUUCACGAUGACGACGGCGAGAUCGUUCACGUUGACGACAGCGAGAUCGUUCACGAUGACGACGGCGAGAUCGUUCACGUUGACGACGGCGAGAUCGUUCACGUUGACGGCGGCGAGAUCGUUCACGAUGACGAUGGCGAGAUCAUUGACGGCGAGAUCGUUCACGUUGACGAUGGCGAGAUCGUUCACGUUGAUGAUGGCGAGAUCGUUCACGAUGACGAUGGCGAGAUUGUUGACGAUGACGGCGAGAUCGUUCACGUUGACGACGGCGAGAUCGUUCACGAUGACGACGGCGAGAUCGUUCACGUUGACGACGGCGAGAUCGUUCACGAUGACGACGGCGAGAUCGUUCACGUUGACGACAGCGAGAUCGUUCACGAUGACGACGGCGAGAUCGUUCACGUUGACGACGGCGAGAUCGUUCACGUUGACGGCGGCGAGAUCGUUCACGAUGACGAUGGCGAGAUCAUUGACGGCGAGAUCGUUCACGUUGACGAUGGCGAGAUCGUUCACGUUGACGAUGGCGAGAUUGUUGACGAUGACGGCGAGAUCGUUCACGUUGACGACGGCGAGAUCGUUCACGAUGACGAUGGCGAGAUUGUUGACGAUGACGGCGAGAUCGUUCACGUUGACGACGGCGAGAUCGUUCACGAUGACGACGGCGAGGUCGUUCACGUUGACGACGGCGAGAUUGUUCACGAUGACGGCGAGAUUGUUCACGUUGACGAUGGCGAGAUCGUUCACGACGACGGCGAGAUCGUUCACGUUGACGACGGCGAGAUCGUUCACGAUGACGGUGGCGAGAUCGUUCACGAUGACGACGGCGAGAUCGUUCACGUUGACGACGGCGAGUUUGUUCACGAUGAGGACGGCGAGAUCGUUCACGAUGACGACGGCGAGAUUGUUCACGAUGACGGCGAGAUUGUUCACGUUGACGAUGGCGAGAUCGUUCGCGUUGACGACGGCGAGAUUAUUCACGAUGACGGCGAGAUUGUUCACGUUGACGAUGGCGAGAUCGUUCACGUUGACGACGGCGAGAUCGUUCACGUUGACGCACCACCGCCUUGUGCAUGAACAGGGUUGCUGGAGUUGCCGCUCGGUGGUAGGCGUCGUGUGUGCGGUGUGUGUGUUGGGUCCAGCGGUCGGCGCUACGCUGCCAUAUGAACCUGGCGACCCGGGUUCGAUUCCCGCUCACGGCCACCAACACCCAGUGACGAUUAUCCGAACCGGUCCCGGGCCUCCCCUAGGUCGA